AUGAAUCGAGAACAACAAACGAUCGCAAUAAUACAACACGAUGCACAACCAAGAACUAAGAAAAACAGAGAUCAAGCACAACAGACAGUUAAAUUAAAUCAACUUGAUGCACAAACUCAAACACGAACGGCCUUAAUAAGAACAACAUUAGCACGUGGUCCAUUUGGACACACAUUAGUUUUACCUCCAUUAUCUGAACAUAAUCCAUGUGACAAUAUUAUAGCUCGAUCUCUAUUAGUGAUAGCACAUAAUAAUACAAUCAUUCGAUUGAUUUGGAUGGUAACUUUAACAUCAAUGAAAUCUAUACGAGAAUAUGAAGUCUAUAAAUAUCAACAAGGUAUAGCAGCAACAUGA